CUCAAUUAUCUUCCGUUUGGCAGUAGUGGUAUUGUUUUCAGCUCUCAAUUAUCAUGCGUUUGGCAGUAGCAACUAGGCCUGCGUGACUGCGUCCAAUCUAUUAUCCGCGCGAUUUCCAACAGUUUAUUUUGGCUUAUGUAAGCUUGACCUUCGUCGACUCAAGCAGCAGCGGGCCUCCAUCGACUCCAUCCACUGCUUGUGGAUGGUGGAGGGCGGCCGGCUAUGGCAACCGGCGGCCAUCGUCCGUGAGAGCUGGUUGAUGCCGCAACCAUUGGAGACGCCCUAGGGUAAGCUCCACUGAUCUCCAAUAUCCAUAUUUCCAUUCCACGCGGUCGUCGUCCCCAUCGAUCGAGCACGACCUGGGUCGGUCACUUGGUCAUAUGUGGUCUGUAUGUGCUUGCCUUACUCGAUCUGGGGCAUAUUUCGUCGUCAUCCUCGCGUUGCUUCUAACUCAGAUCAAAUCGUCACCAUCCUGCUACAUCCCCGCUACUCGUCGUUGUGGCAUGAGGACAUGGAGAUCUAGAGUAGAGCAAGCACCUGGUAAAUAAGUAUAGAAACUACAAAGGUAGCGGCGAUCUACAAAAUACAACUAUGGAGCUCGAGGAUGUAACGUUUCAAGUAUUGAAAGAUGUAACAAAUGGUUUCUCCGAGAAACAGAAACUUGGUGAAGGAGCAUAUGGAGUGGUGUACAGGGGACUGACUAAAAAUGGAGAGGAAGUUGCUGUCAAGAAGCUUCGUGAUGUCAAUCCAGAUCUUGAUGAUAAGCAGUUCCAAAAUGAAUUUUAUAACCUCAUGAAGCUGAAACAUAAUAACAUUGUGCAGAUUCUUGGUUAUUGCUAUGAAAUAGAGCAAAUAUCUAUAGAACACAAUGGAAGAAUAGUGCUUGCUGAAAAAACAUACAGAGCACUCUGCUUCGAGUACUUGCACAAUGGGAGCCUUCAAAAGCAUAUUUCUGAUGAGCACUGUGGACUUGACUGGCACACACGUUACAAAAUUAUUAAGGGGAUAUGUGAGGGCAUAAAAUAUAUCCACGAGGAACUGGAAAAACCUCUUUACCACUUGGACCUAAAGCCUGACAACAUACUGCUAGAUAAGGACAUGGUGCCAAAGAUUGCAGAUUUUGGUCUGUCCAAAAUCUUUGGUAAAGAACUGACACGGACAUCACAAAGUCCUCUAGGAACAUGUGGAUACCAGCCACCAGAAUACAUCGAGCGAGGUGAAAUCUCAAAAAAGUUUGACAUAUUCAGUCUGGGUGUCCUAAUGAUAAGGAUAGUAUCAGGACCUGAGGGCUACUCCAAAAGUCAAAACAUGCCUUAUGAUGAGUUUAUUGAUCAAGUACAAAAAAGCUGGAGGAACAUGUUGCAGGAAACUUGGAGUGAUUCCUUGCUAGAAGGAUAUUGCCACCAAGUACAGAGAUGCACCCAGAUAGCAUUAACAUGUUUGGAGAAAGAUAGCCAGGAAAGGCCUGACAUAAUGAUGAUCAUCGAUAUGCUGAAUAAGAUUGAAGCAGACACUGUCAAGCUUCGCCAGAAAGGAUGUCACGGAACUGUUCCUAGCAUGACAAUGCUUGAUACGGUGACGAAGAUGAGAACAGAACAACUGGAUAUCACAAAUCAAUACCAGCAUUUCAACUCGAUGAUGACUAGCUCGAGGUGCAAUGACCAGGAAUUUGUUGAUACACGGAAAAAAACAUUAGAUGCAGGUGAAGGACAAAUUGUAGGGAGGACAGAAGAGAAAAACAAAAUAAUGGCUGCUCUACUGUCCAUGAAGGAAAAGAUCAUCGUCCUUCCAAUAUAUGGUAUUGGAGGCAUUGGCAAGACAACCUUUGCCAAAUUGAUUUACGAGGAUACAAUGUUCAAAUAUUUCUCUCGGGCAUGGGUUUAUGUAUCCCCAAGAUUUGAUUUAAAUAAAAUCGGUAACUCCGUAAUUUCACAGCUAUCUGUAAAGGAGAGCAAAACUAAUGAAAAGCGUGAGAUGGAUAACAUCCUCACGAAAAUACUUUCUAACAAGAAGAUUCUGAUAGUUUUAGAUGACCUGUGGGAGGACAAUCCAUUUCAAAUGAAGGAUUUGAAGGCAAUGCUAAAUCUUGGUGAGAACAAUAAUAUAAUUGUUUUGGUAACCACACGCAGUGAACAUAUUGCGAAGAAAAUUUGUGUUACCCUUAAACCGUACAAGAUACGACCUUUGACAAAUGACAUGUGCUGGGAUAUAAUAAAACAAAAAAGUCACUUUGAAACUAGAGAUGACAGGGAAGAGUUGAUGGGCAUAGGAAGGGAGAUUGCCCUGAAGUGUGGAGGUGUGGCUUUAGCAGCACAAUCUCUUGGAUAUAUGUUGCAGACCAUGAAAUCUGAUGAAUGGGAAAAAGUGAAAGAAAAUGAUAUCUGGAAUGAACAUAUUUCAAAGGAUGUAUGUUCGCCAAAUCAUGUUCUUGCAUCAUUGAAGCUAAGUUAUAGCAGUAUGGAUCCAUGCUUGACAUCAUGCUUUACCUAUUGUGCAGUAUUUCCAAAAGGUCAUAAGAUAGUUAAAGAUGAUCUGAUUCACCAAUGGAUUUCUUUGGGUUUCAUCCAGCCCAAAAAAAUACUCUCUCCUAUACAGCUAUGUGAGAAGUAUAUUGUGCAGCUCCUGGGAUUAUCAUUCCUUCAACAUUCUGUGUUACCCACUACCCUUGGAGCCUAUGACAAUGGCUUUACAUUAUACAAAGGAGUCACAGUGUUCACCAUGCAUGAUCUGGUGCAUGACAUGGCAAGAUUAGACAUGGCCGAUGAAAUUCUGGAUGGUAGCAAACAAGGCAUUACUGUGGAAAGCAGUGGUCGAUAUGUAUUGCUUACUGAUUGUAGUAAGCCUCUGAAAUCGUCUACACGUUUUACUGAUAAGAUUAGGGCCCUGCGUUUUCUUGACUGUAGAAGAAUUAAGCUACACGGCGAUGCAUUUUCAUCUGCAACAUCCCUACAAGUCUUGGAUUUAAGCGAGUGCCGCAUAUACCAGUUGCCAGCUUGCAUCAGUGAAUUGGUGAAAUUGAGGUAUCUCAGUGCCCCCAAGAUUCAAAGUCAAACGAUCCCGUAUUGUAUCACCAAGCUCUCGAAACUAAUUUACCUCAACCUGAGUUGGUCCACGAUAUUAGCAUUGCCUGAGUCAAUUGGUGACUUGAGAUGUCUGAUGCAUCUUGAUAUCUCGAAUUGUCACUUUAUAGAUAACCUCCCAAAAUCAUUUGUGAACCUCAAAAGGUUGGAAUAUCUUGAUUUAUCAAACAACAAUCAGCUAAGAGGUGUAUCGAAAGCUUUGGAUGGCCUCACCAACAUCCAAUACUUGAAUUUAUCAAUGGAAAAAGGUUAUGUAUCGCAUCAAUUUUGUGAUAAGUUUCAAAAAAAAAAUCAAUUUCUUGAGGGGCUGCCAGAGGUCAUUGGUAAUCUAAUUGGACUCCGUUAUUUAGGUCUAUCACAUACCACACGAUGUAUCUUCUGGAAUCCGAGCUCAGAUGAACUAUUCAGUUUCAUUGACCGUAUAUGUACCCUUUCUAAUCUGCACCAUCUGGACUUGUCUAAUAAUGAUAGCAUAGUCAGUAUUCCUGAGAGUAUUGGCAACCUCUGGAAUCUGCAUACACUGGACCUCUCUUGCUGUCCGCAUCUAGUGAGGCUUCCAGAAUGUUUGGUUAGAAUGGAUAGUGUGAAGAUCUUGAAUGUCACCGGGUGCCGCAAACUGGAAAAAUCUGCACUCUCCCGAUCAAAGAUUUUUGACUUGUUGCCGCAUUUUGUGGUCCAAGCUGACGAAGGUCAAUCUAGCAGCAACAUCGGUCUUCUACAGUAUGCAAAUCCUAAUGAGUUGCACAUAACUUGCCUUGAUAAUGUAAAGUCUGCCGAAGAGGUCCAGAGUAUAAAGCUGAUAGAAAAACUGGGGAUUAAUGAUUUGAAACUUCAAUGGACCAGUGAUGCUUGCAGGUCUCUUGAGGAUGUGGAAGUGUUGGCAAGUCUUGUGCCACCAAGCACCUUGAGAGAAUUUAAUAUGACAGGUUACAAUAGUGUGAGCUUUCCGCCCUGGCUUAUCAACAUAAAGCUUUAUCUACCAAAACUUAGAAAGAUUGAACUGUGGGAUAUAUGUAAAUGCAACAGCUUGCCUGCAUUAGGUCAAUUACAAAACCUUAGAGAGCUAAUUAUUGGAGAAAUGGACAGUAUUACGACCAUCGAAGAGGAUUUUUGUGGUGGCGCAAGAGCCUUCCCUCAGCUUAAGAGAUUUUGUCUAUACCACAUGGAAAAUCUGGAAGCAUGGAAGACGAUGUACUCCAAUGGCAAGGAUGUUGAGAAAGAAUUCAUGUUCCCUAACCUUAAGAAGUUGUCAAUAAAUGAUUGCCCAAAGUUGAGAAUGGAACCAUGCCUUCCUAGAGCAAACAAAUGGGAGAUACAGAAUAGCAAUAAUGUAUUAUCAUUAUGGGGAGAAACUCGUGCUACCUCCUCUGCUGCACCUAUGGAUGUGAGUGUAACAGUCAGAUCUGACAUAGCGCCUUUGGAUCAGUGGAAGUUGUUUCACGAUCUCCCUUCCCUGAGUACUUUACACAUCACAUGUUGCACUGAUCCGACAUGCAGCUCCAAUAUACUAAGCCAAUUCCUGUUCAACAUCAUGAUACGGUGGUACACAAAUUCUAAUGAUUUGUACAUAACUAAGCUGAUGAAAAGACAAGUUAUUAACGAUUUGAAACUACAGUUGACUAGAGAUGCUGGGGGUUCUGUGGAGGAUGUGGAAGUACUGGGAAAGCUUGUGCCACCAAGUAGUUUGAGGGAAUUUAAUAUGACAGGUUACAGUAGUGUGAGGUUUCCUGCCUGGGUUAUGGACAUUACGCUUUAUCUCCCAAGUCUUAGCAAGAUUGAAUUGUGGGAUAUACGCAAAUGCAACAGCUUACCACCACUUGGUCAAUUAACAAAUUUGCAAGAGCUAGUUAUAGGUGUAAUGGAUAGCAUUACGAUAAUUGAUGGGGAUUUCUGUGGCGGUGCAAGAGCCUUCCCUGAAUUGAGGAAAUUUUGCUUAUGCCGUAUGCGAAACCUCAAGUUGUGGAAGACAAUGUACUCCUAUGACAUGGGUAGUGUGAUGAAAUUCAUGUUCCCAAACCUUGUUGAACUGUUAAUACGUGAUUGCCCAGAUUUAAGACUGAAACCAUGCCCACCUGGAGCUAAGAGAUGGGAAAUAGAGAGCAGCGAUAAUGUAUUAUCAUCAUGGGGAGAGAGGGGAGCAUCGAGUGUGUCCUCUGUUUCACUAACAAACGUGACUGUGACAGUGAAAUUAAGCAAGGUGCCUUUGGAUCAGUGGAUGUUGCUUCACCACCUCCCUGCCUUCACUGAGUUAAGGAUAAUAAGUUGUACCGAUCUGUCAUGCAACUCAUUAGACAUAAUUGGAGACCUCUCAUUUAUCAAAUCAUCGUGGCUAGAAGAUAAUACGCAGCCAGAACUUCCGAAAUGGUUGGGUGGCCUCACCUCUAUCCGGAAAAUGGACAUCACAGGGUGUAAAGAGCUGUCUGUUUUGCAAGGGAGCGUGCGACAUCUGACAUCCCUCCAGGAGCUAUCUUUGAUAGACUGUCCAAGAAUAAAAGUGCUGCCAGAAUGGUUGGGUGACCUUACUGCUCUCAAGAAACUUCAGAUCCGAUAUUGUAGGGGUAUCAACUCUUUGCCACAGAGCAUACAAAAGCUUACCAAGCUUAAAGGACUAGCUAUUUACCACUGCCCUGAAUUGGCAGAGUGGUGUAAUUUAGAGAAGAACAAGAAGAUGCUGGCUCACAUUAAAGUAAAGGUAUAUGUCCCGCCAUGCUAUCUGCAAUCUCCUACUUAUCUUGACUGUAGCCAAAUUAAGCUAGACGGCUAUGCAUUUUCAUCUGCAACAUCCCUACAAGUCUUGGACUUAAGCGAGUGCCGCAUAUACAAGUUGCCAGCUUGCAUAAGUGAAUUGGUGAAAUUGAGGUAUCUCAAUGCCCCCAAGAUUGAAAGUCAAACGAUCCCGUAUUGUAUCACCAAGCUCUCGAAACUAAUUUACCUCAACCUGAGUUGGUCCAGGAUGUUAGCAUUGCCUGAGUCAAUUGGUGACUUGAGAUGUCUGAUGCAUCUUGAUAUCUCGAAUUGUCACUUUAUAGAUAACCUCCCAAAAUCAUUUGUGAAUCUCAAAAAGUUGGAAUAUCUGGAUUUAUCAAACAACAAUCAGCUUAGAGGUGUAUCGAAAGCUUUGGGUGGCCUCACCAACAUCCAAUACUUGAAUUUAUCAAUGCAAAUAGGUUAUGUAUUGGGUCAAUUUCUUGAGGGGCUGCCAGAGGUCAUUGGUAAUCUAAUUGGACUCCGUUAUUUAGGUCUAUCACAUACCACACGAUCUAUCUUCUGGAAUCCGAGCUCAGAUGAGCUAUUCAGUUUCAUUGACCGUAUAUGUACCCUUUCUAAUCUGCGGCAUCUGGACUUGUCUAAUAAUGAUAGCAUAGUAAGUGUUCCUGAGAGUAUUGGCAACCUCAAGAAUCUGCAUACACUGGACCUCUCUUGCUGUCCGCAUCUAGUGAGGCUUCCAGAAUGUUUGGUUAGAAUGGAUAGUGUGAAGAUCUUGAAUGUCACCGGGUGCCGCAAACUGGAAAAAUCUGCACUCUCCCGAUCAAAGAUUUUUGACUUGUUGCCGCAUUUUGUGGUCCAAGCUGAUGAAGGUCAAUCUAGCAGCAACAUCGGUCUUCUACAGUAUGCAAAUCCUAAUGAGUUGCACAUAACUUGCCUUGAUAAUGUAAAGUCUGCAGAAGAGGUCCAGAGUAUAAAGCUGAUAGAAAAACUGGGGAUUAAUGAUUUGAAACUUCAAUGGACCAGUGAUGCUUGCAGGUCUCUUGAGGAUGUGGAAGUGUUGGCAAGUCUUGUUCCACCAAGCACCUUGAGGGAAUUUAAUAUGACAGGUUACAAUAGUGUGAGCUUUCCGCCCUGGCUUAUCAACAUAAAGCUUUAUCUACCAGAACUUAGCAAGAUUGAACUGUGGGAUAUAUGUAAAUGCAACAGCUUGCCUGCAUUAGGUCAAUUACAAAACCUUAGAGAGCUAAUUAUUGGAGAAAUGGACAGCAUUACGAUCAUCGAAGAGGAUUUUUGUGGUGGCGCAAGAGCCUUCCCUCAACUGAAGAGAUUUUGUCUAUACCACAUGGAAAAUCUGGAAGCAUGGAAGACGAUGUACUCCAAUGGCAAGGAUGUUGAGAAAGAAUUCAUGUUCCCUAACCUUAAGGAGCUGUCAAUAAAUGAUUGCCCAAAGUUGAGAAUGGAACCAUGCCUUCCUAGAGCAAACAAAUGGGAGAUAGAGAACAGCAAUAAUGUAUUAUCAUUAUGGGGUGAAACUCGUGCUACUUCCUCUGCUGCACCUAUGGAUGUGAGUGUAACAGUCAGAUCUGACAAAGCGCCUUUGGAUCAGUGGAAGUUGUUUCACGACCUCCCUUCCCUGAGUACUUUACACAUCACGUGUUGCACUGAUCCGACAUGGAGCUCCAAUAUGCUAAGCCAAUUCCUGUUCAACAUCAUGUCACGGUGGUACACAAAUUCUAAUGAUUUGUACAUAACUAAGGUUAUGAAAAGACAGGUUAUUAACGAUUUGAAACUACAGUGGACUAGAGAUGCUGGGAGUUCUGUGGAGGAUGUGGAAGUACUGGGAAAGCUUGUGCCACCAAUUAGUUUAAGGGAAUUUAAUAUGACAGGUUACAGCAGUGUGAGGUUUCCUGCCUGGGUUAUGGACAUUACACUUUAUCUCCCAAGUCUUAGCAAGAUUGAAUUGUGGGAUAUAUGCAAAUGCAACAGCUUACCACCACUUGGCCAAUUAACAAACUUGCAAGAGCUAGUUAUAGGUGUAAUGGAUAGCAUUACGAUAAUUGAUGGGGAUUUCUGUGGCGGUGCAAGAGCCUUCCCUGAAUUGAGGAAAUUUUGCUUAUGCCGUAUGCGAAACCUCAAGUUGUGGGAGACAAUGUACUCCUAUGACAUGGGUAGUGUCAAGAAAUUCAUGUUCCCAAACCUUGUGGAAUUGUUAAUACGUGAUUGUCCAGAUUUAAGACUGAAACCAUGCCCACCUGGAGCUAAGAGAUGGGAAAUAGAGAGCAGCGAUAAUGUAUUAUCAUCAUGGGGAGAGAGGGGAGCAUCCACUGUGUCCUCCUCUAUUUCACUAACAAACGUGAUCAUGACAGUGAAAUUCAGCAAGGUGCCUUUGGAUCAGUGGAUGUUGCUUCACCACCUCCCUGCCAUCACUGAGUUAAGGAUAAUAAGUUGUACCGAUCUGUCAUGCAACUCAUUAGACAUAAUUGGAGACCUCUCAUUUAUCAAAUCAUUGUGGCUAGAAGAUAAUACUCAGCCAGAACUUCCGAAAUGGUUGGGUGGCCUCAGCUCUAUCCGGAAAAUGGACAUCACAGGGUGUAAAGAGCUGUCCGAUUUGCAAGGGAGCAUGCGACAUCUGACAUCCCUCCAGGAGCUAUCUUUGAUACAUUGUCCAAGAAUAAAAGUGCUGCCAGAAUGGUUGGGUGACCUUACUGCUCUCAAGAAACUUCAGAUCCGGUAUUGUAGCGGUAUCAACUCUUUGCCACAGAGCAUACAGAAGCUUACCAAGCUUAAAGGACUAGCUAUUUACCACUGCCCUGAAUUGGCAGAGUGGUGUAAAUUAGAGAAGAACAAGAAGAUGCUUGCUCACAUUAAAGUAAAGUAUAUCUUUCUGAUGAAUGAUCACCUCGUACAAAGAGUGAAGCUCCAUGGAAAACGAAUUAAGCGGUCAUGUGGAAGAACUAUUUGAUUAUAAUAUUUGUUCCAAAGCAUGUGUUGCAUCUACAUUUCUCACAGCAUGGUCAAUUAGUUCAGUGUUGAUUCAGAGGUACAAUUUCUGAAUAGGGAAAAGUUUAUUUCAUGAUGUACCUUUGUACUUGACUAGUGACUACCCCAUCGUAUCAUUUGGAAGAAGGAACUUCAGCCUUCAACUGGCCGAGGAA